UUGAGCUCUUUUUCUAGAUUUGGCGGCAGCGACUCGAUUUUGUGGGACUACGAGGGACGACGCGUGAGGGACACUUGGCAGGCAGCGAUAUCCAUGGUGGUGUCCACGUGACAGGCAGCGAUAUUGACCCUGGUUUCCAUUUGGGGGGGCAAAGGAUAGGCUGCGACUGAUCGACACGUGGCAUACGGCGCGCUACCGUCGAAGAUCUUUGUUCAUCAUCUUUCUUGUUGUCAGCAUCGACAAGGUUAUCGCCACUUGCGUGCUAGUCAUCAUUUCUUCCGCACAUCGUCGUUGUCGUCAUUUUCAGGUGGCCAUCAUCAUAUUCAAUUGCCGAAGAGAGGAAGAGAUUCAACACUCUUUUUUUUCCACUUUGUUUGGAUUCUCUGAUUUCCAGAGAAGAGCGAUGAAACUGCGUGUUCGUUCUUCAAACGGUGGCCCUACCCAUCGCGUAGAAGUUGCAGAUGUUGCAGACCUACGAACUCUAAGGGCGCGGAUCGCCUACGCCGUCGGAUUGCCCAGCGUCAACGAGGUCCGCCUGUCACUGAACAAGCGCGAUGAGCUGACGGGUCCAGACUCGGUCUCUCUGUCGACUAUCGGGAUCUGUACCGGUGAUCUCCUGUACCUUCUGACCCAUUCAAGUCCGGAUUCCGGCAUCAACAGUGGCGGGGGCGACCGAUCAGCGCAAAUCCUAUCCGGCCCCCGCGGUUCGCCUUCUCCGACGCCAUCUCCGUCAUGUUCAAGUUCCCCAAUGCUUGUUGCUGGCAGGGGCAUUAGCCAUAGCAGCGGCCAUCUUUCAUCACCAUCGCCGUCGUCUCCAUCCCCUUCAUCUUCUACUUCUUUUCCUUCUCCCUCAUCUUCCUUGAGAGUUGGAAAACCAGUCGAAGCUGCUGCAGGUGUUGGUAGUCGUCGUAGGACGACCGCGGUGGGGAGCUCGUCACCUCCUCCUCCCUCUCUCGGGAGUAACGCCGCCGCUGCUGGCAGUACCGGCCCAUCAUCAUCUCCUAUCCAUCGGGUUGAUUUGCAGCGUCGGGAUCCCAUCGCCACCGCCGUGAUACGCCGAGAGCUCUGCGCUGCGGCUGCUAUUGGGUGGCAAGCGACCGCUACAUCUUCUUCGUCGUUGUCAGGGUCCUCUUCUUCCCAGCAGCCAUCGCCCUUGUCUCUUUGGGCCAGACUGCCUUCUCCGUUGUCAUCACCUGAUGCCCCCGCUGAGGGGACACGAAUGUCUCAUCUCGAUCCCGAUCCCGGCAAUCAAGAGGAGAUCGGGAAUCAUCAUCAGAUAGGACGGGUAAGGAUGCCGAUCGACGCGGCUCGGACUGAGGGCUCCGUCAUGGAGACUAGCGAGCGAAUGGAUAGUGUGGAUAGUGUGGUUGACGACCCGAUGAUAACCUCUCGCUCUCUGAUGGGACAGGACGGAAACACUUCUGAGGACAGCGGUUUGCAGGGUGAUCGAGCGGAAGCAGAAGACAACGGGAAAGGCACUGCGAUGGUAGAUGACGGAGAGGCACUUGGAGGAGGAGGAAGAGGAGAAGGGGGUGGAGGGGACAGGGAACAAGAAGCUGCUGCAGCUCCAGACAUGCUAGAGCGGGUGCACUUGGCGGAAAUCGACGCCGUGAAACACGAUCACGAUCUUUUAGUGAUUGCAGUCCAUGCGGCGCUGCUCGAGACUGGUUUGAUCCCUUGGCACGGUGCAGGAGAUAACAGAGCUCUAGCGUCAGCAGCAGGAGAAGGCAUCGGAGAACCAGCUACAGCAGCAGCAGCAGCAGCAGCAGCAGGAGGCGGCGGCGGGGGCGGAGGAGGAGGAGGAGGAGGAGGAAGCUUGACAGGCGUUGACGUCCAUCUCCCUGCAAGCUGGAGCAGUGUUGAGGGUCCGUUGACUGUCAUGUAUACUCUCCCCGGGGUGGAGAGAGAAGAGCGAGAAUCUCGCGCCGUGAAAUGCUUUCUUUGCUUCAGGCAAGUGGGAGGGAGCAGCGUUAUCUACGGUAUCGCUGCUGCAGACUCUGGUCCUGCAAGCCCCGUUGUGCAUCGACUAACCUUGCGGCAUAGUGCUUAUUGCACAGACAGCUCCCUGGUCAAGCACCACGUGGACGAUGAGCAGAGAACUUUCCGCCGCCGAGGUGGGAGCUCUGCUGUGAAGAGAACCCGCGAGCCCGACGGUAGUAACAGUCUUGAUCUUCACGAUGAGCAGCAGGAGCAGCAGCCGCAGGCACAUGAGGGGGAGCAUCAGCACAUGAUGAUGAUGGAUGAGGACGAAGAGAAAGCGGCGGUGGCAGCAGCGGGAAGUCAAAGACAAAGUCAAUCCACCAGCUCAUCAUCCUCUCCGGCCAUUUUGCAAGAUCCUCGAGCGAGGCGGAUACUCCUGAAUGCGCGGAGACGGUUCUCGAACCUGCGCGGGUUAUGGAUGGAGGCGAAGGAUUGUCUUGCUCGCCCUCUGUUGAUGACUCUUCGUGAGCGGGCCGGUCUCCCUCCCCUUCCGUCGCUGCUUGCCCUUCCUUUAGAUCUCAAGAUGAGAAUUCUGGAGCUGUUGCCUGCUGUGGAUCUUGCUGCUGUUGGGCGUACGUGCUCUGAGCUGCGGUAUCUCGCUUGUGAUGAUCAGCUAUGGCACACGCUCUAUGUGCAGCAUUUCGGUGAAGGAGGGAGAGGAGGGCACUCCGCCGGACAGACAUGGAAGUUGGCAUUUGCAAGAGCUUGGCGAAGAUCGGUGGAAGAGGGGAGGAGAAGGGAGGAAGAGAGGAGGAGAAGGGAGGAAGAUAGACGGGGCGGUCUCGUUCUUCUUCCCAUGCCUGCUCAUCUGGUGCCACGAGGCGAUCACAGCCACUUUUACCGCCAUCCUGGAAGGGGGAUAACGGGUGGGGAUUACGACCGCCUACCGGGAGGAGGAUUUGGAUUGUUGGAAGGAGGAAGAGGAGAUGGUGAUGGAUUUGGAGGAGGUUUCGCUGGCGGUUUGGGAGGAGGGGCAACUCCAUUUGGGAGAGCAAGAGAGGAGGGAAGAGGAGCGGAGGGGCUGCGCUUUCCCCCGCACAGUCCUGCACUGAGCGAGGCUGGCCUCCUCCCUGGUCUCGACAUGGAACCGCCUGUGGCUGGGGGAGAUGGGUUUCUCAACCUUGGACCAGGUCUGCUUGCUGGUCCACACGUUGUCCAGCCUGGUCUUGCUAGAGGGCUUGCUCAACUCGGUGGUGGCCCUCCUCCCCGUGGCAGAGGAGCUGGCGAACGGGUACCUGCUCCUCACGGCCCUGGUCUCCAUGGGCGCGGUGGACAUGGGCCCGUCUUGUAACACGGGGCGCCAGGCCUCCAUUGGCCUGGAGCAUCUGUCGAUGCGAAUUGCCAGCUGUUGUGCCCCCAGGCGUCAUCUUGUAGCACGGGGUGCCAGGCCUCCAUUGGCCUGGAGCUAUCUAGUAUCAAGGGCGUAGGACCAAGAUCUUCUAAUGUGGGGUUGGCGGGCCUGGUACCUACUCGUUUGCCCACUCGUUUCCCCACAUACCUGUUUUCCUUCGUAUCAACGGCGUAGGACUAAGAUCUCCUAAUGUGGGGUUGCCGGGCUUGGUACCUGCUCGUGUGCCUACUCGUCUCCCCACAUACCUGUUUCCCUACCCAUACCUGUUUCCCUACCUGCUUGUUUCCCUACUUACCUGCCUACCUGUUUCGCCACCCUGUCCUUACCUGUUUCCCUACCUGAUUGCGUACACAUUUUGCUACCUGUUGCCCUGCCUGUUGCCCUACCUGUCUCCUUACCUGCUUUUCCACCCUUUUCCUUAGCUGUUUCUUCCCUUCCCUACUCUUUUCCCUACCUGUCGCGGACAUUUCUCCCUACCAUGUGUUGCCCUGAGGGUUCCGCUACCUGUUCCUUACCUGUUCGCCUACCUAUUUCCCACUCGUUUCCUUGUCCGUUUGUCCACCUUUUCCGCUACCUGGCUGUUUCCCUACCUGUUUCCUUUGCAACCUGGCUGUUUCCCUACCUGUUUCCGCCGCUCGGCAGCCUCUCUCUGAGUUGUAGUAUUUUUUGGUGCGAGAUACUCUUUCCGAAAGAGGGUGUUACUUCAGACUAACGGACAUUUAGUGAACCAUCAGUGACAAAGAAGAGACAGGUUGAGUACCCUGAAAGCACCUUGCGGAUAGAAGUGCACCAUGUACAUGCACCGUAAGUGUGUUCAGCCUGUGCAGAAGCUGCCUGCGAUGGUGAAGUGAUGUGGAGUGCCAGCGUAGAUUGUUUUUGUAAAUAGGUUCUGCUAGUCAGGAGGGGUUGGUUGGUGUUUAGGGGGAGGGGGACUGGUUGGUGUUUAGGGGGAGGGAUUGGUUGGGGUGGGCUUCUAUUUCUGUUGUGCUGCGUGGCUUAGGAACAAGGGUGGAGGACAUCUAUGGGCCUCUCUGGUCUCCUCCUCUAAAAAACCAGCUAGCAGUGGAGAAAAUGGUGAUUGCUUUGGAUUUGGGGGGCACUUGAAAAGCGCAUACAUGCUUUUUUGGACUGAAGAAACUGCAAACAUGCUUGUGUGGACGGUGUGGUGACAAAUAGAAGAAGAGAAUAUAAUUGUAUUGAGACGGUAGGGUGACAAGUAGAAGAAGAGAAUAUAAUUGUAUUGAGACCCUGGUUAGAUGAUGGAUGGCUAUGUUCCUGAGCAUGACAGCAAGAAUUCGACGAUCUUUUGGAUGUGAUGGAGCUCACGGGGAAGGAUGGAGAGUGGAGUGGCAGAUGGGAGAAAUAUCUUUGGGUGCUGUGGUUGACGGUUUGGCAUGCGUGCAUGGUCAAGUCAUGGGUGGUAAUCAUAAUACCAAGGACCGGUUCCAAGGAAGAAUCGGGGGGGGGGGUUCAUAAUCGGGACAGAAAUUGUACUAAUUGGUCGUCCUAAUUCAAUGGUGCGACUCUUUGCUGAGCCAUCGGCAUGAUGGAAGCUGUCGUCGUAAUUCAAUGACGCUGAGCCAUCGUACGAGGGGGCAUUGUAUCAUAAAUGUGUCAUUGAAAUGUUGUGAUGACGACUGUGCCUUUUUUCCAUCUUGAAAGGGAUGCCGAGCCUCAGUUAGGAGGGCUGGCCCCCAGGGGGGAAACUGUAUGGAGUGCAGGUGAUGAUUCUCGAGUCCCACAGAAAGCAUGCCUGAGGAGGAGCUUCAGCUUUAUACCUGAGAAGAUCAUGGCUUUCAUAACGGCGACAGAAAUUGGCUACAGCUGUGGAGGUAGGGGAGAGAAGAAGAUUACUGGGUGUGUUGUGAUGUCAAGCGAUUGUGUAACGAG